AUGGGGAAUGCUAAAAGUAGUAUAAAUACGAGGGUUGAUAUGUUGGAGAAAUCAGAAAAGCUGAACUUUCAUGUUGCUACUUGUCUUCCUAUUGCUGAUAAUUCACUAUUUAAAGAGCUAGAGAAUGCGAAUCAAGGAAUGGACAAUAUUGUUCAAGGAGACAUACGAAUAAGGGGAAACAACGAGGACAGGCCAGCUGGGGUCUCCAACGCUGCAAUUAUUGGUGAUGAAUACAGAUGGGAAAACGGCGUUGUGCCAUACUUGAUUGAAAACACAUUCUCUGAAGCUGAGAAAGAGACUGUGAUAAAGAAGGCAAUGCAUGAUAUCGAGGCUGUUACCUGUAUUCGAUUUCAGGAAUAUAGUUCUCCACCCAGUUUUCCAUAUCUGAACAUCAUCGACGGUUCUGGUUGUUGGUCUUAUGUUGGAAAGGUUUUUUACAAACCUGGUUCAAAGCAAAACUUGUCACUGCGUAGAAUCGACUGCCUGGCAGAUUAUCUUGCUAUUCAUGAGCUUAUGCACGCGUUAGGGAUGUGGCAUGAGCAGUCUAGAGCGGACAGAGACAAUUAUGUUAUUAUACACUAUGAGAACAUACAUAACGGGAGUGAAGGCAACUUUGAGAAAAAAUUAGGCAAUAGUUUUAAUACACCAUAUGAUCCUAACAGUAUUAUGCAUUAUGAAAGCAAAGCCACAAACUUUGACAUUUUAAACAGAAACAAGCGCACAACAACAGCUUCAAUAUGCACUGAACACGCCCAUCUGUUCUUUUCCGUUGUUGAAAAAUGCUUUGGGUCUAAAGUUAAGAAUUAUUUGUUUAGAACCGCUUUCACUAAAAACCAUAGACCUACAAUUACUUGGAAAGAUGAUUACUCGCGAGAACUAGGAGGGAAAGUAUUAACAGCCAGUGACAUUUAUCAACUGAAUGCAAUAUACAAAUGUCCCUCCAUACCGACAACAAAAACGUCAACUACACGCAGCACUACGACGACAACGACAACUAAAAAGCGACCCACUACAACAUCGACAACAACAACUACCACAAAAAGGCCAACAACAACAACGACUACAAAACGACCAACUACGACAACGACAACAACAACUACUACGCAAAGACCAACAACAAUAACGACUACGAAACGGCCAACUACGACAACGACAACAACAACUACUACGAAAAGACCAACAACAAUAACGACUACGAAACGACCAACUACGACAACAAAAACGAUCACAAAAAGACCAACAACAACAACAACAACAACAACAACAACAACAACUAAAAGACCGACUACGACAACGACAACAACAACUACAACAAAAAGACCAACAACAACAACUACAACAACUAAAAAACCGACAACAACAACGACAACAACACUCCCAUCUGGGCAAGCAUGUGGUGACCUUUCAGCUGUAUGCAUAAAUCUAAGAUACAAGACAGAUAAUAAAUGUCAUCAACAAUACUUCGGAGAAAGGUGUCCCCGAAGUUGUGGCGAUUGUACUGGUCCUAAGAGUGAAAUUUGCCUUAAUCUUAGAGAUAAAGCAUCAGAUUGUGCAUUGAAAGCAGCUCAAGGAAAAUGCACCUACAAUUCUUAUUCUUACUAUACAUAUAAGACAAAAAAAGAAUGUGCAAGGACAUGCUGUGAGAGAGGUGAACUUUAUUAUUGGCAAAAUAGAUAUGGUUAA